CAUUACAUUACAAUGCGUGGUGGGCUGGACGAUCGUGCGCGGAAAGAAAAGAAAUGCUCCAGCGGCGCUACGCGUAAAGCAAACACACACAGAGGGUGAGGAUGACACACACGAGCCACACGUAUUUACCAUUUCAAUAACACGCUCCAAGAGAUCAACAACGAGGAAGCAGUCUCCGCUGAAAAACCCUGCACAUGUUUGAGGAUUUAAUUCAAUAAUCAAAUCACCAUUUCCCCGAAGAAGAAGGAUGAGGAUUCGCUUUUUUAAAUAUCGCGGUGGUUUAUGAAGAAAAUAUCUGCAGCAUGCAACAUUAUGUCAACGAUCGGCGCCAGACAAGGACUGUCACUUUGGCUUGAACUGUGAAAAAAAACCAACAUUUUUGUCUGCAAGACUGAGGCUGUUGUGGCCGCGCGAGGACGUUUCGUAAUGAUUUAAAACUGAAAGGAAGGAAGGUUUUUUUUUCUUCUUCAAACCUCGGUCUACAGAAGCCUGCUUGUCGUUUUCCUGGUGGUGGAGAGUAAGAAUAGUUUUUCUUGUCUGAACGCUUUGACUCAUGAUUCGGGGGGUUACACGGGAACCCGCUCGACUUUGUCCGCCUUGCCACGGAGGAGCACCGGGGGCUUUUCUUCCCCAGCGACCCCUCGUCUGCGGUACGUUUAAUUGAAGAGCAACAGAGGGAUUAAACAUUCCUGCUGCUCGCCUGUUUGUGCGAGGCAGACUGAGCUACAUUGUGAGAGGAACGGUUGUGGUAAGAAAGAAGGCUAUAAAUAGCUCAUGCAAUUCUCGAAAACUAUCACAAGUGGUGCAUCAGCGUGUGGAGCAGACGGAAUCCGAUAUCCUGCCUGUAAUGUCUCGGCUUUAAGUUAAUUGUUUUCGGAGAACGUGUGGUAUUUUUAACAAGAAGUUUGGACUCUUCAUUUCGCAUUUUUGGUGGUUGUUCCUCGGCGCGGAAGAAAAAAAGGAAUCGUUUCCCCAUGGAUUAUGCUCAUUUAAUGAUGAAACUAUUAGCGGAAAGGCUGAUAUGGAAACAGCCUGAUCUUCCUCUGUGUGUGGAUUGAAAUGGAUACAUUGCUGUGCUCUCCGCCUUUGACAAUGAUCAAAUUUGGAAUCGCCUGACCUGGUUUGUAACAAUGUUUUGAUUCCCGCACACGCUUGGAUUUACAUUACAACAUUAUAUCUGCUGGGGUUUCAUGGAUGCAUUCUGCACUUCUUUUUGAAUACGCCCAUUCCUCUGCCCGACCAUCCCGAGUCUAUUAUCUGGACCUCUUGUGAGGUGUUAAGCCUGCUUGUUUCGGCAGACUACGGGAACCUAUUUGUCAGCCCUGCUCGGUGUUUGAUACCGAUGUAGGAUUUCGACAUGCCCAGCGCUGACGACCCCAACGGCGGACGAUUAUGACUACAACAGCGAAUUGGGUGGCUAACGGGGCAAGCCUUGAGGACUGCCACUCCAACAUUUUCUCUCUGGCGGAGUUGACAGGCAUUAAAUGGCGUUGCUACAGCUUCCGGAGCAGCGGGGAGUACGGCCCGGUGAUCUCGGCCCCGGCCCAGGACGACCCGGUUCUGCGCAGCUUUAUGCGCUGCGUGCAGGCCAACCUGCUUUGUGUGUGGAGACGCAAAAUCAAGCCCGACGCCAAGGAGCUGUGGAUCUUCUGGUGGGGCGAGGAGCCCAACCUCUCCGAUGUCAUUCAUCAUGAGCUGGAAGGUGAGGAAGAAAAUGAAAGAGCUCCUCUCUUCUAUCCACCUCAUUAUUUUUCUGCUCUGAGAGUUGGGAUUAGAGGCUUGGACAGUGUUUAAUUGUAUUAUUGCUCUUUAUUAUGUUGCAUUGGAUUAUAUAGACUGGACAGUGAUUACAUGGAAUACAGUCGUGGUUUUAGCGGAUUGUAUUCAAACC